UGGCCAAGCCCAUGGCCGUUUGUCGGUCUGGUAUAUAAGUGCAAAAAAGGACCUCCAGAUUUGGGUGACCCCUACUUUGGCUGUGGUGAAAAGGAUCUGAUCCCAAGGACUGUUCUUGUCUGGUGUGCAGUGUUAGAAACGCAAUCAUGCCUUUCGGAAACACCCACAACAACUUCAAGCUCAACUUCAAAGUUGAGGAGGAGUUCCCCGACCUGUCCAAGCACAACAACCACAUGGCCAAGGUCCUGACCAAGGAUCUGUACGCCAAGCUGAGGGAUAAGCAGACCCCCAGCGGCUUCACCGUGGAUGAUGUCAUCCAGACCGGAGUUGACAAUCCUGGUCACCCCUUCAUCAUGACCGUUGGCUGCGUCGCUGGUGAUGAGGAGUCCUACGAGGUCUUCAAGGAUCUGUUCGACCCCAUCAUCUCCGACCGUCAUGGUGGAUACAAGCCCACCGACAAGCACAAGACCGACCUGAACUUCGAGAACCUGAAGGGUGGUGACGACCUGGACCCCAACUAUGUCCUGUCCAGCCGUGUGCGUACCGGCCGCAGCAUCAAGGGAUACACCCUGCCCCCCCACAACAGCCGUGGCGAGCGCAGAGCUAUUGAGAAGCUGUCCGUUGAGGCUCUCACCAGCCUGGAUGGCGAGUUCAAGGGAAAGUACUACCCCCUGAAGUCCAUGACUGAUGCUGAGCAGGAGCAGCUGAUCCAUGACCACUUCCUGUUUGACAAGCCCGUUUCCCCCCUGCUGACCUGCGCUGGUAUGGCUCGUGACUGGCCCGAUGGCAGGGGCAUCAUGCACAACGAUAACAAGACCUUCCUGGUCUGGGUGAACGAGGAGGAUCACCUGCGUGUCAUCUCCAUGCAGAAGGGUGGCAACAUGAGGGAGGUCUUCAGACGUUUCUGUGUUGGCCUGCAGAAGAUUGAGGAGAUCUUCAAGAAGCACCACCACGGCUUCAUGUGGAACGAGCAUCUCGGCUACGUGCUGACCUGCCCAUCCAACCUGGGAACCGGCCUGCGUGGUGGAGUCCAUGUCAAGCUGCCCAAGCUGAGCACACACCCCAAGUUCGAGGAGAUCCUCACCAGGCUGCGUCUGCAGAAGCGUGGCACAGGUGGUGUGGACACCGCCUCCGUGGGAGGAGUGUUCGACAUCUCCAACGCCGACCGUCUGGGCUCCUCCGAGGUGGCUCAGGUCCAGCUGGUGGUUGACGGUGUCAAGCUGAUGGUGGAGAUGGAGAAGAAGCUGGAGAAGGGAGAGGCCGUCGACAGCAUGAUCCCCGCCCAGAAGUAAACAGGGACGACGGACGUCAUUUUUCUACUUACCACCCACAUGCAGCAGAGCCACCUGACGGAUGUGUGGAGGGAAACUUCCGCUCACCUAGAGACUCUUUGACUCUGCUGACUUCUUUUCCUUCCUUCCAACUUUUCUCUCUCUCUCUCUCUUUGGCCUUCUUUCCUAGUCUUUUUACAGUUUCCUUCUUCCGUCACCUUUUUUUUUCACAUUCUCAAUUUUUGGUCGGUAACAUCCUGGGAUCAGCCUCCACUGAAGCUAGGCUCAGGCUUGCCUAGCGAGACGUGGCAUCACCUAUAGUUUUUGAUGUAAAAAGUAACAAUGAUCGAAACUGUUAAUACGAUUCAAUAAACCACCCAAUCAAAAACA